AUGUGGGUUAUGGUCCGCACAGACCUUCAGGAGCACCGUACGGGAGUUGGGGAGGGCAGCCAACUCCCAUACGGUGCUCAUGAAGGCCAGUUCCUCGGCCCCCGCACCACACCUGCAGCCUUCCCCUCACCUCCACCCCGUCUCUACCCUCCUUUUUUUCUUUUUCCUCCCUAUUUUCUGCCUUUUCUUCCUCACGAGCCUGCUUCCCUGCCCCUGGCCUCGGCUCCCAUGCUGCACCUGCAGUUUUCCCUUGACGUCCACCCCACCCCUGCCCUCCCUGGCCCGUUACCCCCAAUUUUUGCCCUGUCUUCAUCCCGGCCUGGCUCCCUUCACCCGUGUCGCGCCUGCACUUUUCUCCCAAACCCCACUCAGCCUCUCCCCUCACUGCCUCCCCUCUCCCAACCUCUGCCUAGAAUUCUCCUUGGCCAGAUUCUCUGCCCCCGCACCGCGCAAGUUGUUUUCUCCGUUCUCUCACCUUUCCCAUACCCUUCUCAUUCUUCUUACCUUGUUGUCUGCCCACUCUUCCUUCUAGGCCAGGUCCUCAGCUCCCGUGCCGCACUCGUAGCUUUUGGCAACGACCCCGGACUGCUUCACAUUAACCUUGACACGUAUGUUGAGUCAUGGACUUGUGCCUUGUGCAACCUGAUCUGCAGUGCUGCACUGGAUUCUACCAUGACCCAUAUCGCCUCCAAGCUGCACUCCUCCAAGAAGCUCUCGCCAGCCCACCUCCCUGCUACGAAGGAGAAGUACACUGGAUGGAAGGCCACGGCCUUCAUGGCUCUUCCCUAG